GCGGCUAACGUGACGCGUUUACGGGGUUUUGUCAUUUACGGUGUCGUCGAGUUGGAUUAAACAACAAUAAGAAGUCGAGUCGUUCGUUCAGCGUUUAGAUCGAAGAUGGAGAAGAAGGAGGGGGUCGUGACGGUGAAACGGACCAGUUCGGAGCAGAGAAAACUGCGCUCUCGUGAUGCGGCCAGAUGUAGGCGGAGUCAGGAGACUGAGGUGUUUUAUGAGCUCGCCCACACUCUGCCGCUCCCACGCCGAGUCUCCACCCACCUGGACAAAGCCGCCAUCAUGAGGGUGACGCUGAGCUUCCUGCGAAUGCAUCACCUGCUUCGAUCCGCAGAUAAGGAUCAGAAAGAAGAGCCUAAAGAGGAGGAGGUGGAGGUGGAGGAGGAGGAGGAGGAGAAGGAUGAAGAUCCGAUGGACGCUUUCUAUCCUCAGGCGCUGGCUGGCUUCAUCAUGGUGAUGACUGAGGAGGGAGACAUGAUCUACCUGACAGAGAACGUCAACAAACACAUCGGCAUCACACAGCUGGAGCUGCUGGGUCAGAGUAUCUAUGACUUUGUUCAUCCCUGUGAUCAGGAGGAGCUCAGAGACCUGCUGACUCCACGUCCAGGGCUGAGUAAGAAAUCACGGACAGAACAGACAAGCGAGAGGAACUUCUUUGUGCGGAUGAAGAGCACACUGACCAGCAGGGGGCGCACCGUCAACAUCAAGUCUGCCACCUGGAAGGUCCUCCACUGCACAGGCCACAUUCGCCCUUUUGGCAGCGGCUCCACGUCGCCCCCUGGAGGCAGAGUCAUGACCCUGCUGUGUGAGCCCAUCCCACACCCGUCCAGCGUGGAGUUCCCUCUGGAUACCUGCACCUUCCUCACCCGUCACAGCAUGGACCUGCGCUUCACCCACUGCGAGGGCAGGGUUACAGAGCUGGUGGGAUACAAACCUGACGAUCUGAUUGGACGCUCAGGCUUCGAGUUUCUUCACGCGCUCGACUCGGAUCACAUCAACAAGAGCCUGCACACAUUGCUCUCCAAGGGUCAGGUGAGCACCAGCCAGUACCGUUUCCUGGCCAACAAUGGCGGCUACGUGUGGGCGGAGACUCAGGCGACGGUGCUGUACAACAGCAAAACUUCACAGCCGGACGCCAUCGUCUGCCUCAACUUCAUACUCAGCUCUGUGGAGCAGCCAGACGUGGUUUUCUCCGUCGAGCAGACCCGCUGCGGUCGGGUGCCUAAAGUUGAACCUGCGGACGAGGACUUUGCGCCUGUUAUUGACGUGUGCAGCUCUGAACCUGAGAGCGAGCCUCGCACCGUCUCCAGUGAGGCUGAAGACGUGGAUUCGGAUUCCAGCAGCAGUGCGAAGCUCUUCAUGCAGCUGCGGGAGAAGCCGGAGGAGCUUCUGCAGUUAGCUCCCGAUGCUGGAGACACCGUCGUACCGCUGAGUCCAGGUUGCGUCGAGCUGUCCUUUGCCAGUCCGCCCAGUCCGAACUCUGUGCCCGAGCACCCUCAGGAACUGUGCACCCCGCAGCUGAGAAAGCUCCUUGCACCCAUCUUCGACCCCAUCACUCCCCCUCAGUCUGCAUCCUCAUCCUCCUCCUCACCAUCACCAGCCUCCUCGCCUGAACCUGAGAAGAGCCCCACUGAGGAGGAGGCGAUGGACACCAGUGAGGUGGAAAAGUUCUUCGCCUUUUGUCCAGAAGAUGCUCAGAAGAAAGAUACACUGGUGGACAUGGAGGGCAUGGAUCUGGACAUGCUGGCUCCUUACAUCUCCAUGGACGAUGACUUCCAGCUGACCUUCCUCAGCAGUCUGCCCCAGGAUGCUGAGAACCCUUCAUCCAAACUCUCAGCAACCAGGAGGAAACGGGUCCACGACUCUGAUGAAGAGCUGCUGCCUAAACAGAGACAGAAACAGGAUCCCUGCAUAGAGGACGAACUGCUCCUCACCCACAAACUGCUGGACAGCCUGGAAGAAGCCGACCAGCCGGAUGUGAUCCUGGACCCGGGACCGGAGGGGCGGAGCCACCUGCUCACAGACAGAGACCCGGUCUUAGGAGGCAUGCAAGGACUGUGCGACACUGCAGCUCUGAUGAAAGACAUAUUCGUAUCUCGCCCACCUCUCCUCUCGCCACCUCUCUCGCCGAUGACCUAAAGGAGUUCCUGCCAGUCGAGAGUCGGCCCGACUUCACUGCUUAAAGCGAGAAAGUCGACUUUGGAUCUGCCUGCAAACACCGCAUCCUGAGCGCACACAUACAGACCUGCUCGCACAAGAUUAAAGACUGUCACACGCUGCGUCACUACGCCAUCGGGUCGCUGAUUGUAGCCGAACCUGAACGGCCUCUUCGAGUUGGCUUUUUCCGUCGUUCUCACGCUGUGAAAGAGAGAGAUGGCGAGCCGCUCCAGGGCGGGAAAAGUCAAAGAGAAGAUGCUCCAAUGGGCUUUCCGUAGCCUGCCGCAGCUCCAUUCUCCUCGGCCAUCAUUUACUGUUCGUCAGGGAUUUAAUGAUCUGAGAAAUCAUCACUGAGGUCUGUCUGUUUGAUGGAAACAGCAGGUGGUGCUAAUUGUCCUCAUGCAAACGAUGUGAAAGAUUAAUUGUCCCCGACGGCUUCAACAGUGAGACAAACAGACGUGCAGCUAAAUUUCUCACAGUUCGACCGCGUCUGCGAAAACCGCCGUCGUCUUUCUUCCUUCAGCAUCAAACAAAAAAAUCAGUCGCUCUUCCAUUUUUUUCUCACGAUUAACAAAAGAAACUUGCGAGAAUCAGUGGCAUGUCAUUACAGUGGCAUAUUUUUACCUGUUUUUAUAUACUUGUGGUAAUUUUUUUCUUUUUUAAACUUCUGCUCGUUUUAUUCCCGCGUUCUCUACAGAUCCUGAGUCGCCAUUCGUCGCAGAUUAUCCUCCGUGUUUAAUCUUUAAUCCGAGGCGCCGCAGCUUUGUCUUCUCUUACACUCCCUGUAAGCUAAUGUGAGGUGAUGAACUGAUGAUCAGACGCAUCACCGCCACCGCGGGCGACCUGCUAAGAAGAUGCAGAUCGAUGGGUAUUGAUUGGUCCUUUUAUCGUGGUUUUGAGUAUAUGUAAUCGAUUAACUUGCCAUUAUUGUUAGUUUCAACAUCAGUAGAGUAAGCUUGUUUAUACGCUGGUAGAAAUGUGAUGAACACUAGUAUCUUAGGUUUUUCUCUCCUUUUUUUUGUCCUUAAGAUCGAAUCUUAUGACUUCUAACAAAUUUUACCUCAAAUGAAAUGAGCAGACCUGCAGCGUCUGAAGAAAUAUUGUGAAGUUGAUGUUGGAGAUUUUCAUUUGGCCACAAUCUUCUUGUCAUUUUCCACACCUGCCAUGUCCCACCUGUGUGUGUGUGUGUGUGUGUGUGUGUGUGUGUGUGUGUGUGUGUGUGUGUGUGUGUGUGUGUGUGCGCUCCCCUGUGAAACUGCCGUUUUCUUCAACCCUGUUACCUCUUCCAGAGCUGUCUGUGCCUUUUCUGACCCGGUGAAAAGCAUCGUCCGGGCUGUUACCUUCACACAGGAUCUGCUCGUUCUGUCCCUGAUGAUUUACAAACACGGAGGAGGGUUAUAUACUGUUUUCUUUUUACUCUUUAUCAUCUGUGUAUUCUUGAGCUGAAUAAAGCUGAUGAAGCAGAA